GGGACGGCGUGGAAGGGAAAGCUUGCCUCCUACAGAAGCUGUUGUGAAAAUCCAGACUCCCGUUCACUUUUAGCAUUUCGACAGUUUUCAUGAAUUCGGCGUAGACAAAACAUGCGUGGUUGCUUAUUAACAUAUCGCAGUGGUAUAAUGCGUUUAAUUCGUUAAAAUUAAUAUUGCGGGGGAAGUCGUUAACUCGAUAUGUACGAGCUUUGACGAGGGCAUUGAACGCAACCUCUAAAGUUGAACCUGUCAACAAACUCGACAAAAAAAGUAGUCCCUCCUCGUCUAGCAUUCCAUGAGGUUCUUUAACUCGUGUUUCCGCUUUAAAUUUUGACACAACCGUUUCGUGGAGAAAGACGAAGAGUCCCGAGUUUUUAAUUAUUAUUAUUAUUUAUUUUUAUAAAUCAUGUCUGCUCUGGAGAGACCCUGGUCCGAGCUGACCGUGUUGGACGUGUACGACAUCGCGGCGGCCCUGGCGCAGGAGUUCGAACGCACCAUCGAGCGCUUCGGCUGCGAGGCGCUGGCCGGCGUGGUCCCAAAGGUGGUCCGAGUGCUGGAGCUCCUGGAGACGCUGGUGGGCCGCGAAGGCGGGCAGGAGGCCGACGAGCUGCGGCGGGAGCUGCUCCGACUGCGGCAGGAGCGCAGCGACAGGACCGCGCAGGAGAAGAAGCACCACCAGGAGUUGGAGGAGGUGGAGGAUGUGUGGAGAGCAGAGGUUGACGAGCUUCUCUCACAGGUGGCUCGGCUGCAGGCGGAGAACAAAAAACUGCUGGCCAACCGAGCACUCCGCCAAGCUCCUGUCGCAAACCAAGACCCGCACCAGCAAGAGGAGGAAACCACGGAGAAGGAAAAACAGGUGAUGACCAGGCUGAACAAGUUGCUGGAGAAGCUGAGGGACGAAAUCCGGGCUAAAGACCACGAGUUGACGCUGAAAAACGAUGACAUUGAGGCGCUCCAGAUGCAGCAGCACCGCCUGAUCCGGAUCAAUCAGGAUCUCCGUCACAGACUGGGCACGAUGGAGGCGCACGGCAAGGCGGCCAUGCGGCGGCGGGCCGAGCUGGAGGCGGCGGCGCAGGCCCGUCAGUGUGAAACGGACGCCCUGCGGCACGAGUUGAGGUGCCUGAGGAAGGAGCGGCAGGAGUGGGAACUGGAGAGGGAUGUGGCCAAGAUGGAGGAAAGCUUUCCAUCCAUGUCCCGGUCCAAGGUGUCUCCACAGGCGUCCAACUGCGUCAAGGCGGACUCUGUGUGGGUGGAGUGCGGAGGAGAUCCCGACUAUUUGGAAAACAUUCCCAACUUCCUCUGCAACUCAGCACACGGAGAUGUGAACAUAAGUCAGCAGGACACAGACAAAUCUGCAUUUGUACUGGAGGAAGCACCCGAGGAGGAGGAAGCAGAGUCAGAUGCUCCUCAGUUUACGCUGCAGGAGCUCCGUCAUGUCCUGCAGGAGCGAAACCAACUUAAGGCUCAAGUGUUCCUCCUGGAGGACGAGCUAGCCUAUUACAAAAGUGAAGACUUUGAGGAGGAUGUCAGCUGCCUCCUUGGUACUUCAUCGUCAUGUCCAUCGCCACCACCGUCAUGCAACGCCUCCUCAGAUCAGCCAGAAUCUGGAAUACGACGCCUGAUCUUCACCGCUAUCAUGCCCAUGGUCGCUGCCGGUUUAAUCGGGGACGACCCGACGUUGUUGCCAAUCAGACGCCUUGUUUCAUCUGUAUGACUUUUUAAAUUACACUACUCACAAAAAGUUAGGGUUUUGGGCUUUAUCCAAUACUUUUGAUUUUUAAAUACCUGCCAAUGGGUUAAAAUGCGCCAACAGAUUAAAAAUGUCAAAAAGCCUUUAAAAUGUUACUUUUUAGCAGUUAAUUUAUUCAAUGGAAGACACUACUUGUUACCUAUUUGUUACAAAUAUUAUAUUUAUAUUUGAGCCACUGAGAACUACAGUAACCCAACUCCAUGUUUAUUGUUUUACAGGAGAAUGAUUUAAAAAUGUAUGGGUGCAAUACAAUCUGAGGAAUUUUAAUCUAUUACUUCUGGAUACUUGUUUUCACCAAAAUUGUUUUCCUCAGAUUUUUGUUUAUUCCAAACUUCCUUCAAAUGUAUCAGUAUUUCACAAAAGAUAAUGAAUAACACUCACAAAUUAAUCUCCGAACCUUACUUUCUGGGAUGUUGGCCCAGUGUUGCACUGAUGAAUCAGUGCAAUAAUGGACUUCCCCCUUUAAAUCAAAAUUGGAACUAAACCUUGGUUUAGUCCAGUAUUCAUCUGCAAUAUAUACCUCAUCUCUAGUCAUUUCUGCACAUUAACUCUCAAGUGACAAAAAAGGGAUCUCUCAGACGCUAGUUUUCAGUGGGUCAUUUAAAGAACAGUAACUAAAAUAUUUCCGUUUGCCAUACCGCUUGUCCUCACUAGGGUCACGGGCGUGCUGGAGCCUAUCCCAGCUAACUCCGGCCGAGAGGCGGGGUACACCCUGAACUGGUCAUCAGCCAAUCGCAGGGCACAUAUAAACAAACAAGCAUUCACACUCACAUUCACACCAAUUUAGAGUCUUCAAUUAACCUGCCAUGCAUGUUUUGGGGAUGUGGGAGGAAACCGGAGUACCCGGAGAAAACCCACACAAGCACACUCAGAACUGUGAGGCGGAUGUGCUGACCAGUCGUACACCGUGCCGCAGCAACCAAAAUAUUACAUGACAAAAUUAACAAGCAACAAUGUAAAAGUGAAGUCAAAAAUACACAGUCACCAAAUCUGUACAAAUUAAAAUGUUUUAAUGUUGUAAUAAAGCUUUUAUUUUUCA